GGGGUACGUGAGAGUGAGCUGGAUCGGUAAAUGAGGCAGACAGUGGUCUCUCCGGGUUGAGAAAAAAAAAAUACACACACACAUAAUGAGUCCCGGUGAUGUAUCACGAGGAAAGUACUUUCAGUGACAAUAGAAGUACAGGGACAAUAAAAAAAAUCAAUUCAAUGAUACAUCACCAAUGACAAAAUUACCUUGGAAAGUACACACGAGUGAAAGAGAAUUGGUUUAGUGUUUUCCUCGGACUAUGCAUCGUCGGGUUUAUUCGUACGAGCAAUCCGUAGUCACGUCGAUAGUCGAUACCCUGGGCUUUGGAGAGUAACACAGUGGCCCGGUCGCGUGUCCUCGUUGUCAAACCAACGGGCCUGACAGGCGGUAACUUCCACCCCCUCCCACCGUACACCGUCCUCAGCAUAACACUAGACCCCCGAGUAUCCCUCCUUUUCAAUAAUUUCAAGUUAUUUUCAAACUUGUUUAUUUAUGCCAAGUCAAUUGCCUCUUGUUGUUUAUAUUAUUGUGAUCAAGUGUGUGGUGCUGUGGGGGAGUGAGGGAUGAGGGCCGGGGGGAUAAUUCGGGUGACGAUUUGAGGGCAGAAAUGUUGAAGUUUGGCAGUAAAAACGACGUUACUGUGGUGCAUCGCGCCACUAUUCAAUUGCUCGACGACGCCGAAAUUAUCCACUGUGACUUUCAGCCCCAGCACAAAGGAAGGUACAUAUUCGAGUAUGUGUGCAAACAGCUCAACAUCAUCGAGACGGAUUACUUUGGGCUUCGUUACGCGGACCAGUGCAGGCAAAGGCAUUGGCUGGACCUGGCUAAAGCAGCGAUCAAGCAAGUAAAAGAUAUGGAGCCAAUUCUGUUCAGUUUUCGUGUUAAAUUUUAUCCGCCCGAUCCCCUGAGGCUCAAGGAAGAGAUCACGAGAUAUCAGAUUUAUCAGCAAUUGAAGAGGGAUCUACUGCAUGGCAGAUUGUGCUGCAGUCCUGGUGAGGCAGCGCUGCUGGCAGCCUGCAUACUUCACAGUGAGUUACGAAGCAAUGACAUUAACGAACUCGGGGAAUACGAUCCGGAGAUUCAUGUUGGUAACUACAUGUCCGAGUACAAGCUAUUGUUGAAGCAGACGGAGAGCAUUGAGGAAAAAGCUAUGGAGCUACAUCAGACGCAACUUAAAACGUUUACAGCGGAGCAGGCAGAGAUACAUUUUCUCAGGCUCGCUGCUCAACUUGACACGUAUGCCAUUGAUCCACAUCCUGUCAAGGAUCACAAAGGAACUCAACUUUACCUAGGAAUUAAUCAUCAUGGAAUUCUGACGUUCCAGGGCUCAAGAAAAACCAAUCAUUUUCGAUGGUCGGAAGUUCAAAAAAUUAAUUACGAGGGAAAAAUGUUCAUUGUUCAUUUGACUAUACACGAGGACUUGAGGACGAAGAAAAAACAUACCGUCGGCUUCAAGUGCCCAACUGGAUCAAACUGCCGCCAUAUAUGGAGAUGUGCAAUCGAGCAAAUGUUGUUUUUCACUUUACCGAGAGCCUCAGAUGCUCCGGUAGUUAGUGGAGGUUCAAUAUUCUCAUGGGGCACAAAAUUCAAAUACACCGGUAGAACAGAGCGUGAAGUACUCGAGGAAACGGCUGCCGCAGCCUCGGCGGGCUCUGCGGAGGCGUCAUCGUUGCGUAGCAAGGGAGACACACCGGUACAACGGUGUCAGACAACAGGACUCAGGAGAAAAGCAAGUAGUGUACCGGCAACACCGAGUACACCCAGCCAAGAUCUCAUUGAAAUUCGAUAUUCGAGCUUACCCCGAAGCUGUCAUAGUGCGGGUCUUGACGGUGCUGGUAUGUCUGAAUCAGGCUCGACAGGCCCUGGUACUGGGGUACCACUGAGCUCACCCUACUGUCCCGACAAUACAUUACCACUUCUCGAGACUGUAUCCGAGGACCAAGAAAUUUUUGCCAAAAGGAACAAUGCAUUAGACGAAAAUGAAAAAACGCAUGCGAGUGCCCACUACACCAUCACCACCUCAAAUCAAAUGAAAAAAGUGAAAUUUUCAAAGAGCACGUACGGCCGUCCACAGCCCCUGUACAGUCAAAAAAUAGUCAUUGGAUCGGAUGAAUUGAUAGGCCAAAGUAUAGAUAGUGUCAUUCGGCAAAAGAUUAAUUCACUGGAAAAGAGUCCCAAGGUUGUGAGAUCUACGGCAUUGAUAAUAAAGACAUCAAGAACCCCUGUGAAGCCCACGAAUCAUGUGAUCAAGCCAGUGAGCACAAUACCCGAAAUAAAAACCUACACAACGACUAUUGGACAGGCUAGUGAGACAAAAAUUGAUACAUCCAGCACUGUGCCAACACCAAAGUCUCCAAGUCCAUUGGUGGAGGUGCAGGUAAGCUCAUUGGAUGUGUGCGAUGCACCAGAAGUGUCAAAAAUUGCCUCGACAAUGAAAAACGAAUGCCCAGAGUUGAGUGUAAAACCAGCUGUCAACGGAAAUCCAUCAUCAGGAAGAUCCAUAACUCGACCAAUGGCAUUUGCACUGGCAAUGGCAUCAGCUGCUGCUGCUGCUGUAUCAACUAAUGUACGUGGAGCCACGAGCAUGAUAAGUGACGAUAGCAACACCAAAAAUGGACACGAUACGACAGGUAAGAGUUACAACUCGAAGGAAAUGAACAGAACUAACUCACUGCGAGUGGGAGGACCACCGGGUGAUGCAGACACGAAUGACUACUUCUUCAGGGAUUCGUUUGAUCACUCGUCCUCCGAGAGCCAACUUGUCGAUGGUAUUGGAAAAACACAUAGUAGAUCUGUAACACCUGUACCCAAAAUGCAGAAACUACAGAAUACAAAAUUAUGUCUCCAACCAGUUGGUAGUAGAACGAUGAUUGGGAGGGCUAAAACACUCAGGGGUAUACGUAUUGUACGUAUGUUCGUGUCAGCAUUUGUACUUACUGUCACUAUCAUGUUUAUCGUUAUUGUACUCGUGUUCGAGACAGACUCGAGUAUAUUUGACAGUUUACGUAAAACACCGGAAAUGGUUGCAUUCAAGAGCCAGUACUAUGUGCCCAUAAGGGAAUUUUUGAGGACCAAACUUGGCCUAUUCUGAUUAUCCGAUUGGCCGAUUACGAGACAUUCUUUCAUUGCUCGUAGUUGCUUAUUCGAGGUGAAUUUUGUGUGAUGAGGUUCGAGGAGAGAUGAUUGACUUUUCUUUAGGAUGAGAGGUUCUAUUGAAUUGACCAGGGAAUUCCACUUAUCUCCUUAUUACACUCAAGUACAAAAUUACGAUACUUUGGUAGUUUAUUUUCGGCUUUUAACAUGUUUUUCGUAAUAAUACGGUUGAAAAAAUUUCAUAGAGAAAACCCGCCGUUUGUCUGAUGUAUUGUAUUGAAUUUUAUUGGCACUGUAAAUUUCGACAAUUUACUUUCUUCUUUCGAGUCGGUGAAAGUCUAUCUUCUAUUCCUUGAAUUUUAUUUUUCAACAGAGGAUUUUCUGGGAAUGAAGUUCACGACACGUUGAUAUUUUGGGCAUGGAAACUUAUGAGUUUAUGAUUUAUUUAUUUAUUUAUGCAUUUUGUACAAAGUGUUCAGUCUUUUUCUUAAAUUGUCUUAUAAGAAAUACAGAAUAGAAAGGUAGAAAAAAACAAUGCAACAAAUAACAUCAGAAAAUUGCAAUUACGAAUGGAAUUAUCACAAAAAUUCAAUAUAAUUUAUCAGAGUGAAUUUCGCCAAGUUUUUCUAUCAAACUUUUUUCUAUAUAACAAUUGAACAGUGCCAAGAUGAAAGCCAAGGAGAGUCGCAGCAAAUUGUUAUUGCCGGGUAAACUUCCGAGCUCCGGAGGCAUGUGAAUUUUUUUUAUCUUUAUUUUAUGCGAGGCCUAUCUCCAAUGGCUAGAUUUUAUGAACAAAAAAAAAACAAAGUUGUAAAGGCAGUCCUGUGAGAACUACUUCCUAAACAGUUGGUAUUGAAAAAGCUGGCGAAGAUAUGAGGGGAUGCAACAAAAAGUAUAAAACGAAAAAUGUAAUACCUAGACAGAGUCAAAUAUUUUAUCAUGAGAAGCAAGAGAUAUUGUACCUAUGCAUCUAUAGGUGUAACUGGUUAGAUUCUAGAAGACAAAACAAACACAAAAUAAAGCAAACGAAAGGUAGAAGUGACUCUUCUCCCAUUUCAACGAAAAAAAAAAUAAAUAAAGCAAUUCAUCUUGUUUUUUGGUGUAGUAAAAUAUAGGUGGAUAAAAAAAAUGUUGAAUAAGUGUGAGAUUGAGUAGCGGAGGAAUAACAAGAAUCAUAAUCUUUGUCGUGCUAAAAAAAAAUUCGUGUCUUUGCUGUGCGAAAAAGUGUCGCAAGAUCAUGAGAGAUAAAAGUCUCCUUUAAAAUUUUACACGCAUACGCGAAACCGAGCGAGGAUUAUUAUACUUUCUGAGUUGAAAGAGUCAACCCAAUUCUGUACUCCGGUGAAAUGAUAAGAUGGAAAUUAAAUCUCUGGAGACGACGACGAGAUGUCACGAAGUAUUGCAAUCGAAAUGGCUUAAUUUAUGCAUUACAUUUGGAAUGAAGAAUUCUCCCAAUUGCUUUUGCUGUUUUAUAUAUCAGACUAAAAUGCCCUUCAUUUUUUCUCAUAAACUUUUCUCACGAUUUUGAGAUCUUGCGACUGAUCGGAAUAGCCAUGAAUAUUUCCUAAAAGUGCCUACGCUAUUCUAGAAUUUUUCGAGCGUCCCGCGUGUUCUUGGCUAAAAGUGCAAUAAAAAAGACGAAUAUCCGUUGUUAAUUUAAUCUUGAAUGAGUCGAAAUGAUACUGAAAGAAAGGAAAGAAAAUAUCUUAACAAUGAGACGAGAGUCUUUAAUUUUGUUUUUUGCAUUAAUGCAUGACCUAGCGAUGCAUCCAGAAUAAAGUACUUGGAAAUAUUACUUUAAAUCGCGUAGGAAUUUCCGCAAGUGUUCCUGCCCAUAAUGCAGUCGAAUGGAGAAUCAAUAUAAAUUGUAUAAAAUAAAACGGAUGUCAAUUGCAAUAUUAUCUAAUUUGUUUGAGCGAGGAUUGAGAGUUGUGUGUGCUUAUAUGUGAAUUUAGAGAGAUACAUUGGUAAAUUUGGAUAGCGUUUAUCGCUGUGAGACGAUUAACUAAUCUCAACCAUUCUUAGGUUUUGAAAUUUAUUGUAUAUUGUAAUUACGGGUGUUUAGAAGGGAUUGUGUUGACCCCAGAUUAGUUGAUCAUUGUUAUUUAUUGCUUUAAGGGGAUUCCACGAGAGAGGAAAAAUUGAAUAUCAAAUUUUCAUGAUCAAUGGAAUUAGAAAUGUGAGAAAUUGUGCAAUAUUAGUUACAAUCCAUUUGAACAUUGUGAAAUGUUCUUUUCUUCAUUCCCUGGCAUGUACGUAAAUAUUUCAUAGAAAAACUGUUUAUGUUUUUUAGUCGAUUCUAUUGAAACAUUCCGCAACUUAUUUGCAUGGUUGAAAAAUAAAUGAAAGUUUGCAAUGGAGAACAUUCUGCAAAAAUAUCAAUAGAAUAUUUCUUUUGAGGUGUUGUCUGUAGAAAUUCUGUAGCUUGAUUUUUAACGCUUUUUUGCUGAAAAGAGAAAAAAAAAUUGAACGGACAGAAUCUCCAAAAAAAAUCAUCCGGAGGAAUUCCUCUGAAAGAUGUCUCGACAGAAAAACUUGAAUAAAAAUGAAAGUCUACUAAUUUUUUUAUAACAUCGUUUUUAUGGUAUCUCUUAUGUCAGAAAGGGAAUGGUAAAGCUGCAGAAUCCGUCUAGAAUAUUCUCUAGAUUCUAUCAAAGUUUUCUAUGAAAUUUUUCCGUACAUGAGAGAACGAUAAUUCAAAGGAGAGAGGAUCUCCUUUAAGAAUUAAGACUAAAAUGUGCUUUUAGGGGAUUUAAAAGAGAAAUAUGUCGUGAUACAAAAUCAUAUGUAGAAGGAUCAUGGUGAAUGUUCAUUUUUACUAUUGAUUUCUCCAGUGACGUUCUCCAAGUGAGAAGAGACGGAAUAACAAAAGGUGACAGGAAUUGUCUAUAAUACCUGUAUGUGCAAGAGAGUCAGCGCCUUUCUAGUGCUAAUAAAGAUGACAAAAAAAAAACAUACAAUUGUAGAUGAAGUGAAAGGAUUUUUUCCGAAUCUAGGUUGGUAAAUGCUUUUAGCUUACAUAUCACAUAAUUAGUCAAUGGUAAUGGAUCCUCGUUUUCAAUUGAUGGAUAUUGUUUUUUGAUUAUUGAGAGACUUAACACCACGCCAUGACAAUGAUAAUUGACAAACAAUCAUUAAUCUCCGCGCGAUCAAUGCGCCAAGUAUUUAUUAACAAUUAUUUUGUAAUUCAUUUUCAAAAAAAAAAAUUAUUGAACGCACCUAUUGUGUCCGCAGAAUCCAGUUUUGUUCUUUGAUGAUAAUAAACAGUCUGGUGAGAGGAAAUAGACAGUAAUGUUUAAUUGAGGAGGGAUUUAACCCUAGUCUGAUUACUGUACGCGAUCCUGUGGCUUUUGGUCACCUCCGCAGGCAUUCGCCGUUGCGUUAAUUAGUCUCCAAUGUUGCCGAAUUCACUCUAUACUGACCGCGCGCAAUUUGACAGGCUGUGACAACAAUGCGCAGUGGACAAUUUCAUUUUGGUUCUUCCGGCCAUGGAAAAUUGUUUUUCUGCUUGUAUCAAAUGAGAAAAAAUUUCGCGAAAAUUGUAUUUGCAGUCGUUAUUUAUGUAAAAUAUGGUGUCAUAAAAUUUCCUUAAUUUUUUAAAUAUUUCGACUGACAAAUUGAAUUUUAUUUCAAUUUUGUGCAGGCAGCCAGUCAAGGCAAUUAAAGAAAUCCAACGUCUUGAGGUGAUUCUCUCAUACAGUGGCCAGACUAGGGUCAAUUAGUUCCAAGGUCUGUAAUCAAAAGAAACUAAUGAGAUAAUCUUUGUAUUGCUCUUGAACUUUUGUACGCUUAUUCUAGGGAUCUAGUCGUCUUAUUGAUUGUAAACGAAUUGCUAGGGUUAAAUUAAAAUGAUUAGGGGCUCGCACUUGCUGGAUAAUUCUCGAAGUGCUGAUAUUUACUUUAUUUAUUUGAAAAUGCAACAGGUUUAUUAAGUAUAAUUGUGAAGAGAAUAGACGGAGAAUGAUUUCAUCAUUUUUGUUUUAUAAAUUGAAUGAUCAACUCAACUAUUUUUUUAAUUCAAUGGAAUUAUUCUUGGUAAAACAGAGAGAGUUAUCCAGUGAGUAUGAGUGACAAGAGACUUAGCAGAUGGAAGAAAAAUUAAAUAAAAAAAAUGAAAAAGCCGAAAUUGAAAGAACUCAAGUGAAUUAAGAAGAAAAACCGAAAGAAUGAUAGAAUUGCGAUAUCAGAGGAUGAUCUCUUCAAGAUGUUACCAUAAAUCACCUAAUAAUUCCUCAGACACUUAAUAAUAAUACAACAAAUCAAAGAGAUCACCUUGUAAAGAUCAUCUCUGCACGAUCGAAAUAAAUUUGCACUUUUUCAAAAACUCAAUUGCCGUUUUAUCCAUUAUUCAUUAGUUCGCUGAACGAAUAAUCCCUGCGUUAACAAGAUAUUUAAUUUUGCCUGACGACAAAUUGUAAAUAAAGAGAACAUUAUAAACAAUUCAAAUAAAAGAAAGUAAAUAUGUGCGGCACGAAUGAUCACUGUAAAUUGAAUUUGAUUAUUUAAAAUGGGAGAUAAAACAAAAAAUAUCCAACGAUAA